AGCUCGUCCGUCAUCGAACUGAAAACGCGCCCAGACCUUUAUAACGGAGUAUUCACGAAGUUUGGAUGGGUGCUUGUAAAGAAAACACAUGUGGUGAGGGGUUGGACCCAGCUUCAAUUGAACCAAGUGCUUGAAGAAAAAUUGGGCGAGCCGCUGGACCAACAUGACUGGGACACGGUGCAGCAAUACGCAGAUGAGUGGGUAAGAACGGCUAAUGCGAAUCAAGUUCCGAAACUCAAGAGGAGAACGAUGGCAGAUAAAAGCAGAGAAGAAGACAUGAAAUUGUACUUGCAACAGCUGAGGUAUGAUGAAACGGAAGAGAUCUCGGCAGAUGAUGAAAAGCGCAGGAAACGCCGGCUUGACGGAACAAAGGAAAUCAAGCAGCAUAAAGAAAUUAACAAGAACGCUGUGUCCUUCACAAAUGCUUGGAACUAUUACAUGGCGGUAACUUACAAGACGCAUGAGAACCUCAGUCCCAAGGAGCGACGUGUAAAGGUGGGCACAGACUGGCGACAGAUGAGCAUGGAUCAGAAGGAAGUUUACAGACAAGACUACACCCGUCUUCUAAACCUGGGCAAGGAUGUCCUUCACGGAGAGAUUGUCGACCAAGAGGUUAAAUUGAAGGCAACGCAAAAACUAUGGGAGGCCAAGGAGCGCGCGAGGCUUCGGAAAUUGGGCGUUCUUUCGCCUGCAAACAAA